AUAAAGGCAAAAAAAGCUCAGCAAAUUGCCGUGGAAUUGAGAGCAAUGUCAUGUGAUUUAGAAACUAUUGCCACGUUUCAUUACCAUCCAAAAGUAGGCGUUGCAGUUUUAAGACGUUACCUCUGAGCGGAGGGGAGUAACGUUUUAGCUAAGAAAAUACGACACCGAAUAUGCAAAAUCAAGGGGUGUAACUUUUUCGAUAUCGAUAACUGGUUCAGAAUAUGUAAUUGAUAUAAUUCUUACACGUUCCAUUGAAGCGGUAUUAACGAGAGAAGUCGGAAUCUUUAAUAUAAAGCUAACUAAGUCUCAUGUUAGGGAGAUAGCUAACGUUAGUAAUACUGGUGUUUUAAAGAUGAAGUUGUCUUCUGUUGUAGUAACAUUGCUAUUAACGGUGGGUGUUUCUUAUUACAUCUAUACACCGUUACCUGCUGCCAUCGAGGAGCCUUUGAAACUGAUGCUGCUGGACGCCUUAUUCCGUGCUAUGCUGCAAGUGGGUGACCUGUGCCAGUGUCUUGGUCUCAGUCACCACAUCCCAUGGAUUCGGGGGACCAUAUCGGGGCUGGAGACCCUGGGGGAGAUGGCGGGAGGGCAGAGAGGCGGGGUGAGGGUGAGUGACGUGGACUUUGACAGAGUCCCGGUGCGUGUGUACGAGCCCCCGGCCGCGGGGGGAGGAGAGGGGGGUCUGAGGAGGGCUGUGAUGUUCUACCAUGGAGGAGGAUGGGCCCUGGGGGCCACAAAGAUGGGGAGCUAUGAUGUCUUGUGUAGGCAGAUGUCUGAUGAGCUGAAUGCAGUGGUUGUGUCUGUAGAGUAUCGUCUGGCUCCAGAAGUGCAUUUCCCUGUGCAGUAUGAGGACUGUCUGGCUGCGGCCAAGCACUUCCUUGAGCCGGGCAUUCUGGGAAAGUUGUCUGUGGAUCCACAGCGUGUGGCCGUGUCAGGCGACAGCGCUGGAGGAAACCUCGCUGCGGCUGUCGCACAGCAGAUCUCGGUAGAUGACAGUGUGAGUGUGAAGUUCAGUGUUCAGGCGUUAAUCUACCCAGUCCUCCAGGGUCUAGACCUCAACACUCCAUCCCACCAACAGAACCACAACAUACCCAUCCUACACCGCUUUAUAAUGGCCAGGUUCUGGCUGCUCUACCUGGGGGUUGAUACCUCUCUCCAUCCCCUCCUCUUGUCCCCCUCCUUCCUCCAUCAUCCCUCCAUCCCUCCCUCCCUCCGCUCCCAUCUCAACUGGACCAACCUUCUGCCAGCCAAACACAUUAAGCAUUACAAGCCUGUUGGCAUGGAGAUGGGGUCACAGGAGGUCAUGGGGCAGGAGGGCAAUCUUCUCCCGGUGUUGAUGGAUGUCCGAGCGGCGCCGCUGCUGGCGGAACAGGGGGUUCUGGGUAGAACGCCGCGAGCUUACAUUCUAACGUGUGAGCACGAUGUGCUCAGAGAUGAUGGGUUGAUGUACACCAGGAGGCUACAGGACGCGGGCGUCAUGGUUUCCAGCCAUCACUAUGACGAUGGUUUCCACGGCGCCUUGAGUUUUGCACACUGGCCGUUUUUCUUCGAUGUGGGGGAAAGAAUGAUCAGAGGAUACAUGGACUGGCUGCAGGAAAACCUCUAGUGUGUGUGUGUGUGUGUGUGUGUGCGUGCGUGCGUGCGUGUGCGUGUGCAACUGCAAACCCAAAGCCGCAGUCAGAAUUUCAGACCAAUGUUCAGGUUAGACAAGCAGAUGUUUUAAGGCUUUUAAACUGGGUUCAACCUGAUUGUUGACCUGGGUUAGAAUGACUCUCUUACUGGGUUAAACUGGAUCAAACUGGGUUGGACUGGUGUUUUAAACUGUGUUAGAAUGUAAGAAUAUAACAGAGACACCGUUCCCUGAUUUGUAGCUGUUUGCACUCUGGUGUGUGUGUGUGUGUGUGUGUGUGUGUCACAAUAUGUUUGGUUCCGUUAAACACACACACACGUUAUCCUAUCCCAGCUCUGCUCACCUGACCUGAACAAUACAUAUGUGUUUUAAACAUGCAGUCUGUUAUCUGUCUGUCAAACUAAUACACUAAAAUAAACGUCCAUCUAAGCCAAUCAAUGCGCAGUGUUAGAAUGUAGUAAUCUGGGUAAUCUGAUAACAGUCCUAGUUCUAGACUAGAUUGGGUUAAAUUAUGUUAUGUGCACAACUGGCUUAUACAUCAAUGCAAUCUAUAAAGAAUUGUGCCUCUAUGGAAAAACCAUGAAGACUCAAAAGGUAGGGUCAUACAACAGGAUCCCCUGGUGCUGUAAAAAGCAAUAACACAACUUGAAAAACAAGUAUGUUCUUUAGACAAGUUAUGGAGUGAGGACUUCAUCUACAACCAGACUGUAUUUACACACUUCAUCUGAGAACGCUGUGAGAGCUUGAUUGUUUUCCACUGAACAGAAUGAUCUCAGUUGUCCCCAGUAACUGCUGCUGGGUGUCAGUACUUUAUGUACAAUUAUGAUUGUAAUGGUUGCUAGAUGUUUAACCCUCCAAUAAAUAUGAAUCAGUUUGA